GCAGCAGGAGGCGAAGGGGGGCAGCACACCGGAUCCUUCAUGAGGGAAGAGGCCAGGGACAGCCAGCCAGCCCCGGCUUCUCCUCUCUUUGCUAAUAUUAUUAUUUUCCUAUUGCUAGUCAGGCCCGAGUUAGGGACCGCUUUUGGUUUCGUAGGAUGUCCCGUCAUGAAGGCGUGAGCUGUGAUGCAUGUUUAAAAGGCAACUUCCGUGGGCGACGCUACAAAUGUUUGAUCUGCUACGACUACGACCUGUGCGCAUCCUGCUACGAGAGUGGCGCCACCACCACCAGACACACCACGGAGCAUCCCAUGCAGUGUAUAUUAACACGUGUCGACUUUGACUUGUAUUACGGUGGAGAAGCGUUCUCGGUGGAGCAGCCCCAGGCCUUUACGUGUCCCUACUGUGGCAGGAUGGGCUACACUGAGAUGUCCCUGCAGGAGCAUGUGGCUGCAGAGCACACAGAGACCUCCACCGAAGUGAUCUGCCCCAUAUGUGCAGCGCUGCCAGGCGGUGACCCUAAUCACGUGACAGAUGACUUUGCUGCUCAUCUCACACUUGAACACAGAGCACCCAGAGACUUGGAUGAAUCAAGCGGAGUGCGACACGUACGGAGGAUGUUCCACCCCGGACGUGGACUGGGAGGCCCUCGGGCCCGCCGGUCCAACAUGCACUUCACCAGCAACACCACUGGGGGGCUCUCGACCAGUCAGAACGCCUCUCAGAGCUCCAACUAUAGCCGGGAGGCCAUGGACCCCAUAGCAGAGCUUUUAUCCCAGCUUUCGGGCGUACGUCGCUCAGCGGGCGGCCAGCUCAGCUCGGGCCCCUCAGCCUCGCAGCUGCAGCAGCUCCAGAUGCAACUACAGCUCGAACGCCAGCAGGCACAGGCAGCGCGGCAGCAGCUGGAGACGGCCCGGAAUGCCACGCGAGGGGGCAGCCGCACCAAUGCCAUACUCAAUGCCAACUCGGCCGCGGCCAACCCCAACCUGAGCGCCAACCACAACAGCAGCCCCAACCCGGGCCAAUCGGAGAGCCACUUGCAGCACAUGGCUCAUAGCUCUCAGUUUCUACUCAGCAGGCUGAGCGAACCGCGGCUGUCGGAGGCUGAACGCCAGCUAUGUGAGGCCCAGUGGGCCGACAGGAGCUUGUUUGUGACAGAGCUGCUGCUGUCCACGCUGCUGCCCGAUGACGACGCCUCAGCCUCCUCCUCUGAGGAUGAGGAAGACUGUCCUGGCUCGUUGCGGAACUUCGCCGACUUCCAGUCCAUGGGCUGCGUGGAGGUCAUGACCCUGGACGUGGCCCUGGAGAACCUCAACCUCAAAGAGACCGCCCCACCCACUAAGACCACCAAAACAGCCACGAAAACAACGCCGGCUAAAAAAGAGCCGCCAGCCCCGCCUCUUUGAUGACACAGCCCCACCCAUCACCACUCCCUUUCCUGGAAGCAUCAGUGUCACACUGGCCACCUGCCAGUCGACGACAACCAAGACUGCAGUUCUUUUUUUGGCUUCUUGGUUUUAUUUUUGUUUUUAUUCCUCAGUGAUUGUCAUUUCAGCAUUGUUGCGCUCCCCCCACCCAUGUUGUGUACGUUGAAUAAAAAUAGUGAGAAUGGGAACGCAAGCAAGAAAGAGAACUAUACAAAUAUAUUAUUAAAAAAUCUAUAUGAAAGCUGAUAAUCAGUUCCAUGUAACUCCAUUACUUCCCUCAAGCCACGGAGCGGAGGUGCAGUGUGUCCCCCGAAUGGCUGCACAGUGCUGUUACGUAUUAACGGUCAUCCACGCUAACAAGCAUGAGCUUCAAACAUCAUACAGUCGCCACAAGGGGGCGCUCCUUCCCAACAUCACACUGAUUGUCCACUCAAGCCCUUCCCCUUCUUGCGGGUCACGCUUUAUAAGACAUUGGACACUUUGCCUAGCAGUGCCAGUGUCCACUUGUGCACACUACCAUGAGACGAUGCUUUACUCGGAUCUCUUCACUGGGACCAUUUUUUGGGCCUUUUUAUGAUGCACAAACAAACACUGACUGAUGGUUUUUGUCUUUUUUUUUUGUUUGUUUGGAAGACAUCUGUUAAGAUCACAAACCAAUCCUGUCUCAUCACAUGACUUGAAGGAGGGAACCCUGUACGCUCUUUCCAACCUCCACAGAUAAUACAUGAAGAAAUGCAAUGUAUGCAAAGUGCAGGUGAAAUAAACCUUUUCAGUGUGGAGGACA